UUGACAUAAUUAAAUAGAGAAUUAAAAAAAUGUUAUUGUUAAGAUUAAUAUGCACUUAGUAAAUUUAUCAGGAAAGCUCAAUAUUCGUUUGAAUUUUUAUCGUAAAAGUAGGUCAAGCGCGACCGAGAAAAAUAAAUGAUAGCCACAAAAUAAUAAAAAAAUAAAUAAACCAAAUAGUAAAAUAAUUUUAAUAUGAAUAAGACAUUUUUUCUCACGAGGAGAGACUACAGUGAUGGGAUCCUUGAUAUUUAUUGAAGUUAUUGAAUCUAAACGAGAGAAAAAUCCUAUGAGUUGAAAAUAUUAUUCAUAACAUAGUUUUUUAAAAAUUCUAUGUGUCGACCAUCUGUUAAUAUAAUAUUUAAGUGGCUUCAAAUCAUAAAAAUACUAAAUCAAGUUACCAUGGAUACACUAAUGUUUAUUUUUAAAUACAUAUUAGUUUGUUUUUGCAUUUAGUCCAGAAGAGCUAGUCUUUUGUGCCUAUAUACUAUUAAAAACAGUCACAAUAAAUUGUGAAAAAAGUAUUUUGAUACAUUGAUUUUUUGCAACACAAUCAAAUUACAAUGACGGUAAAAAAAUUGUUUCGUCGGUUGGCAAGGGCCUUUACGUGUUGUCUUUCCAAAAAGCAGCGUAAUAUAAAUGAAAGCACGGACUGUUACUUAAGUCCAGUUAGUAGACAUGAUGUUCAGGAUUCAGGAACUCAAACAACGACUACGUUAGAAAAUGUAUCUGAUGAAAGGGUAAAUAUUGUUGACAAUAACAUUAACAAGACUGUUGAUGGAUGUGAAAUGUCGGAAAAAGAGGUUCACGAACUUGGUAUGGUGGAGCCUAACAUAACAGAUGUUGAAGGAGCAGCCAUUGUGGAAAAGAGUAUGCAGGAAGAGGAAGACAAGGAGUGUUACUUAAGUCCAGAUAGUAAUCACGAUAUGAAAUCUGGCACAAUGGACAACGAGGAUUCAGGAACUAAAACAACGACUACGUUAGAAAAUGUGUCUGAUGAAAGGGUAAAUAUUGUUGACAAUAACAUUAACAAGACUGUUGAUGGAUGUGAAAUGUUGGAAAAAGAGGUUCACGAACUUGGUAUGACGGAGCCCAACAUAACAGAUAUUGAAGGAGCAGCCAUUGUGGAAAAGAAAGACAUGGAGUGUUACUUACGUCCAGUUAAAACACGUAGAUUUAAAAAAGGUACUAUAUGCUUCUUCGGGAAAAAGAAGAAUUCUGGCACGAUAACUACAGAUAAUGGGCAAUGUUAUAAGUUCUAUAAAGAAGAUUUAAAUUUAGGUUUUGAUCGACGAUUUAAAUAUCCACUAAAAGUGAAAUUUGUUGUUGAUGAUUCACAGUCCAAAUGGGCCUAUGAUGUAGAAAUAAUUGGUGAUCCUUAUGUCCAAAGGUGCUAUUAUUGUUUAAAUGAUGAUCAUCUUGGUUUAGAAGACUGUAUGAAGUUACAGAUAGAUUCUUAUAAUUUUUACUAUCCUUAUAUAUAAAAUAACAGUACAAAACCAGCAGUUUGUAUUAUUUAUUCUGUUAAUGUUUCAAUAAAAUUUAUAAGUGUUUUAAGUUAUUAAUAAAAAUUAUGUUAAUACUUAAAAGUUAAUGUACUUUAAUAAUAUUUUAUGUUAUUUAUAA